AUGCGGGCAACCUUGUUCAAAUUAUUCUAUCAAAUGAAGUACACAUACGAUAAAGAAGCGGAUACGCAUUUCAAAAGAGUUUUUUUUGGGAAUGCAGGAAGAUUCUAUGCUGGCGUAAACGAAGGCUGGCCUGCUGCGGAGAAAGGUAAAUAUUUUGAUCGUGAGGAUACCGAGAUUGCGAAGGAUGUAAUGAAUAACUUUUACGUGACGUGGGGAAUUUCCGAGGCAAACAAAUGCACAGAUAGGCUAUGGAAGUAG